UAUUAACUGUAACCAGCCUCUGGAAUUUCAUGGUAAUCGGAAGAUAUAAUCAUCCAUCACUACUUGUGGUGUCAUGCGGGCAAAUUAAUCAUAUGUAUGGUACCCCUUCUUUUUUCUUAAGUUGACGUUAAUGCUCUGCUGGUAGAACUUGAAUCGCCGUAUACAGCAGGCUGUUAAAUUGGCAGCAAGGUUCUAGUGAUGAUAAAGCUUUUGAAGGUGAUGGCUGAGAUGCAUAUAUUAUCGUGGUCUGAAAUCAAUCUAUUUAUGACUUGUUACUAAAACAUUUUGAUCUUGGUUCCUAUGGACUUCAAUUGCAGCCCAAUGCGCCACGACCUGUUUUAAGUCUUCUUCUUCUCUCUCCCUUUUUUUAAUCAUUUUUUUGGGUGAAGAACCAGGGCAAACGAUGAUUGGGUAGACGAUUAACCGACAUUUUCCUUUUCUUUAGAUUUGCUCGACCGUGUUUAUCCCAAUAUACAGAGAUAUUUACUCUGCUUCAUAGGAAUCGAUAAGAGGAAUUAAUGGUUUCUCCCGAAAACUGAACGUUGAAGAAAAUACAAGCAGCCAGCGCUCAAUAAUAUUGACUUAUGAGCCAACUGAACUACUAUAAACUCCAUUGGGAGACCAUUUGAUCUUCUAAUGGCCGGCAGUGGACAAGCACCGCCCUUACACAGGCCUUAUCGUCUCCUCAAGACUCUGAGAGCUCACGAUCGCGCCAUCUCCUGUGUAAAAUUUUCCAACGACGGCACCCUUCUAGCCUCAGCCUCGCUCGAUAAAACCCUAAUCAUCUGGUCGGCCUCUACCUUCUCCCUCCUCCAUCGCCUCGAGGGCCACUCUGAGGGCGUCUCCGAUCUUGCUUGGUCCUCCGAUUCCCACUACAUCUGCUCCGCCUCUGAUGAUCGCUCUCUCCGUAUCUGGGACGCUCGCCCCCCCUUUGACUGCCUCAAAACUCUCAAAGGCCAUUCCGAUUUCGUGUUCUGCGUGAAUUUCAAUCCUCAGUCCAAUCUCAUCGUCUCCGGCUCCUUCGAUGAAACGAUUCGAAUUUGGGAGGUCAAGACUGGGAAAUGUAUUAGUGUGAUUAGAGCUCACUCUAUGCCGGUUACCUCUGUUCAUUUUAACAGGGAUGGUUCUUUGAUUGUUUCGGGGAGUCAUGAUGGGUCUUGCAAGAUUUGGGAGGCGUCAACGGGAGCGUGCUUGAAGACACUUAUCGAUGAUAAAGAUCCGGCAGUGUCAUUCGCCAAGUUCUCUCCCAAUGGAAAGUUCAUUCUUGUUGCUACUCUUGACAGCACUCUCGUGAGCUCUCGUCUUCUCUAUCUAUUUCUUUCUCAAGCUACUGUUGUUGGAUUGAAUUACAUGUGUGAUCACAGUGGCAAUAAAUGGCGUAAACUUUGGAAUUACUCGACUGGGAAAUUCUUGAAGAUUUAUACAGGUCAUACGAACAAGGUGUACUGCAUAACCUCAACAUUCUCUGUAACAAAUGGGAAAUACAUAGUCAGUGGGUCAGAAGACAAUUGUAUUUACUUGUGGGAUCUCCAGCAGAAAACUAUGGUUCAGAAACUUGAAGGUCAUUGUGACACUGUUAUUUCUGUAACAUGCCAUCCAACUGAGAAUAAGAUAGCUUCUGCUGGCCUUGAUGGUGAUAGGACCAUUAAAGUUUGGACUCAAGAUCCCUGAAUUGGUAGGUAACAUCAGAUAAGGAUUUUUGGAGUACAGGCUUAACUUAAGCAUACAGAUGUACUUAUUAAACAUUUUUGCCCCAUGAACUGUUGAAAGUCAUAUCAUGCCUCAUUUUUAGUCCAUAUUCGAUUCUAUAAUGUGAAACGGGGAGUACGAGCUUUGCAAUUCAACUUGAUUUGGUCCGAAACUGUUUGUGAAUGGUCUAUUACUUUAGUUAGUUCUUGCACCUUUUUAAUCGAGUCAUUAUCUUCUCUCUCUCUCUCCCUCCCUCCAAUACAUUAAAAGUAUUAUAUUCAUUAAAAAAAUUAUGAUAUUGGUUGGCCCGUGUGGUAAGGUUGCCUUGGCAGGAUAUUACCAUCUGGAAGAAGAGCAAGGGUGUUGGAUGAUUCGAUAUCUUUACAAAUUUGGCUGUUUUUAAUCUUAGUAAUAUGACUUGUAUUCUCUUGGACAUACCUUGGGGAAGUCUUGUUAGUACUGUGUUGUUGGUUAUUUUGGUAUUUGCAGGAACACGGGGCACUUUUUCAAUGAGAAACUCUGGUAGAUGGCUCUUUUUCCUUCAUACUUGGUGAAGCUGGAGAGUUUGGAAGAGCAUAGAUAUCAGGAAGGUUAUGGGCACUGCUCAGUGAAGCAGAGAGGAAAUAUUGAUAAGUUGGCAGUCAAUCACUAAGAUGCCAUAUUCUGCCCUCUGCCAAUUCCAUUUAUAGAUGAGUUUUUAGUUGGGAGAUUGUGUUCUGUUAUUCUUAGUUAAUAAGAGAUUAGUUAAUAAGGGUGCAGGCUGACUCGCAAAGCCGGUGGAACUAGACUUCAUUAGUAGCCUCCUGAUUUUUAAAUCGAGAAAUUUUUUUUAUUCUAUUAUUUUUAUUUGUUGUGUC